AUGAAACUUAUUUUGAAAAUGUUGCUUUAUCUAGAAAAAAGGCGUUUUUUAGCUGACAUGAAAAACCUAUGCGAAGCAUUCCUAGAAGAUUUGAAUGAGAAAACAUUGCGUAAAUUUCCGCCGCUUAGAUAUUUACUUCAAGUCGACGUCAUAGAUUUACUCGAUUUAUUCCCCGAUUUAGGGGAUUUUUUAAUAAAAGAACCGCUCAAGUGGCAACGGUGUUGUAAUGAAAUUUUAUUCGCGUGUCUGAAAUCUUUAGACAAUGACAUGAUACAGAAUAUACACGCAACACAAGUUGGCGUCAAUAUUAGAUUUAAAAGUAUGCCUUAUUUCUUGACGAAUAAACAUCGACAGUACGAGAAUUUAGUUUCUUUACAUGGAUUGCUUGUCCAUAUUACGAAGCCUACGAAUUACGUAUAUCACACAGUGUGGUCAUGCCCAGAUGAAUGUGAAGGCAACGAAGUAAUUAUGCAUUUCAUUCCGAAGGUUCCUCCAAAAUGUUACCUAUGCAAGAAUACUCUUUUUGAGAAUAGCGGUUUACGGAGAUGUGGAGAUCAGGUCCAAGCUACUUUUAAAUUUAAUAAUGAUUUACUGCCUAAAAAUUAUACUAUCGUCGAUGAUCUUAUACCAAACCUAAACAUUGGAAAAAAAUAUGUUAUCAACGCUGUUAUUUUAAAGAAAUUAAUAGCUGUCUGGUCAAUUGAAGAAUCUCAUAUUUUACCUGCACCAGUCACGACACCUGUUCCACGAGAUAUAGGACAACUAUAUGAAUCUUGUAAAGGUAUUCCUUGGAAAUUCAUAUACUGUCUCGCUUCUAGCAUCGGACUGCACGUUUGUCCUUUAAAUACCUUUAUGAAUAUUAAAAUAAGUCUCUUGCUAAGUCUAGUAAGUGUUAAAGCUAACGUGCUGACAAGUUCACCUAUAAUUCACUUUUUAUCGGGCGGAUUUGAUACAGGUUACGUUGGCAAGAUAAUGGAGCAGGCCGCUUGUUUAGCAGAUUCCUAUACAUACUUAGGAACUUCUCAUAAUUCCACAACGAUGACGUUAAUAGGAGCAUCGGGAGGUGUUUGUGUAAUGCCUUUACCUUUGCAAGCCUACAGUCAAAAUCAAAUACAUUCUAUAUUAUCGGUUAUAGAAAGUGGUGAAGUUUCGGACGGAGUUAAUAAAGCAAAAUUACAAUGUGCCGUAUGGGCUCAAGGAAUGGACUUCAAAAAAAUUAUGUUAUACAAUGUUGGUAGUAUUUUUGGGUUUGUUUGUCGUGGUGAUUAUGGCGAAUAUACAGAUGAGUUAGUAGACUACGCUUUAGAAGAAGCUAUAGUUCCAUCCAAAACAGAUAAAUACGAAAGACAAGCUCUAAAAGACAUAUCAAUUUAUAUAGAUUUGGUUGCCGGUCUUAAGGUUUCCUUGGCCAAAAGUGCGGAGGAUUUAUUACGACUUUAUUUCUUAACCGCCCGAAAGGAAAGACCGAAGGCCGUUACGAUUGGGAAUUUGGGUGCUCUUAUCGCUAUUUGUGUCACCUCGGCGAAGCUAUGCCGACGAGAGAUGGCUAAUAAUGAAGAUGCUGUUUUUGCAAUUUGGUUGCAUGUGAGUGGUAUGCCGGAACCGAGGUUAGCACCUGAUGAGUAUCUUCAAACACCUGCAGAUAUAAAGAAGCUGAAAAAUGUCAUAGAUAACUUUUAUCGUUGGCUUGAACAAUUUACAGGAUUUAGCGUUUCUGACUCAAUUAAAUAA